AAAAUAUAUAUUAAAUGCUUCAGCCAUGUUUGGAAGCCUGAAGAAAAAGCUGAGCAGCGCCAUACAGGAGGGCAUUGUGAUCUCGGAGAGUCUGCAGCAGCAAUAUCGCCAACGUGUCAGUUCUGGCAAUGGCAGCGGCCAGUCGAGCGCCGCCACAACACCCACUUCGCCCCUGGGUCUUAACGAGAGUCUGUCCUCGAGUCGGAGUAGCUCGUUGUACCUAGGUGCGCCCUUCCACUUGACGGACGGUGUGCCACCGCAUUUAAAUGUGGCGGCCGGCUGCAGUCUUUUGGCCAAGUAUGAAGACGACUGGCAACAAAUUCAUGUGGCCAAUGAGGAGAAUGCCGAGCGAGCGGCCGCCGUGGCCACACAGAUUACUGCCGUGCAAGAGAGGGCGAGUGGGCAGCGGAAGACCAUCAGCGAUCUCAGCGGCAGCCUGGCUGGGAUACCCACGCUGAUAACAAAGCUGCAGGCGAGUAUCGAAACUCUUCACGCAUUGGAGGAUAUGGGAAAGCAGCUCGAAAUCGAGUUGGAGAAACUCGAGGAUCUUUGCGAGGAGUGCGAGCUGCAAGAAUUCAUGCUGGAGAAGCAGUUCGAACUGUCGCGACACAAGCAAAAGAAGCUCAAUGAACUGGAGAAGUACAGGCACCACAUUGCUUCCCAACAUCAGGCGAAGAUCCAAGAUCAUGAGCAGCAACUGAGAAAGCUUCAACGCGAGCGCCAGGCGGUCUUUGACGAUGCAUUUCGCGGUGACAUGGAGGAGUAUAAGCAGCACGGCCAGCUGACAACCGCUCAGGCUACGAGCAACAAGUUGGCCCUGGAGGAAGUUGUUUUAGAAGCCAACGAAGUGGAGACCAAGGAUGCCUUGGAGCAGUUUCUCAACGGAUGAGAUGUUUGAUUCACCUAGAGCAAUCCCAUUUGUGCCUUUACAUGUGCAAUAUGCAGUUAAUUUCGUUUUUUUACAAACAUAUUUUAAAAUGCCCAGUAUUUGGGCUGAUAUGGCAGCGCCGGAUAUCUCACAGAUAUUUUGAGAGCAGGCGAUUUACUUCAAAACUGUUCUUAAAUUUAAUAUAGCAAACAUUAUUUUACUUGUUAUUAGUAUACAUAAUUGGUAUUUUCUAGAAAUAUUAAAUUUAUUUAAACCAAA